AUGGGUGAUUAUUUAACUCCAUCAACUUUACCACAACCAAAAUUAAAAAGAACCAAUACUGGUUUUACUCCUAAUCAAAUUAUUGCAUUAGAUGCAACAAUUCCUGAAUCAGCUAAACAUAUUUGGUAUAAAUAUUCUCAAUUAAAUAUUUUGGAUUCUCAAAGAAAGAAACAACAAAAUGAACAAAGAACAAUUAAAUCAAUUGUUGAUGAUAAAGACAUUUUUGAAGAACAAUUUGUUAAACAUGUUGAAACUUCUUUAGGUAGAUCAAUGUAUAAUUGUGAUAAUUUAGCCGCUUAUCAAGCAGCUGCUAAUACCAUUAGAGAUGCUUUAUUAAUUGAUUGGGCUAAUACUCAACAAAAACAAACUAUUCAAGAUGGUAAAAGAGUUUAUUAUCUUUCUUUAGAAUUUUUAAUGGGUAGAGCUAUGGAUAAUAGUUUAAUCAAUUUGAAAUCUGAAACAAACACCAAGAAAUCAUUAGCUGAAUUGGGUUUCAAUUUAGAAGAUGUUUUAGAACAAGAACCAGAUGCUGCUUUAGGUAAUGGUGGUUUAGGUAGAUUAGCUGCUUGUUUUAUUGAUUCUUUAUCUUCCAAAAAUUAUUCUGGUUGGGGUUAUGGUUUAAAUUAUCAAUAUGGGAUUUUUAAACAAAAAAUUAUUGAUGGUUAUCAAAUUGAAACUCCUGAUUAUUGGUUAAAAUAUUCAAAUCCUUGGGUUUUAGAUAGAAAUGAAAUUCAAAUCCCCGUUGAUUUUUAUGGAUAUGUUUAUGAAGAACAUGAUCCAAAUACUGGUAAAGUUAAAAAAAAUUGGAAUGGUGGUGAACGUGUUUUAGCUGUUGCUGCUGAUUUCCCCAUCCCCGGUUAUAAUACUAGUAAUACCAAUAAUUUAAGAUUAUGGAAUGCUAAACCAACUGAAGAAUUCGAUUUCACGAAAUUUAAUGCCGGUGAUUAUCAACAAUCAGUUGCUGCUCAACAAAGAGCUGAAUCAAUUACUUCUGUUUUGUAUCCAAAUGAUAAUUUUGAAAGUGGGAAAGAAUUAAGAUUAAAACAACAAUAUUUUUGGGUAGCUGCUUCAUUGCAUGAUAUUGUUCGUAGAUUUAAAAAAAAUCAUAAAUCAAAUUGGAAAAAAUUCCCCGAUCAAGUUGCUAUUCAAUUAAAUGAUACUCAUCCAACUUUAGCUGUGGUUGAAUUACAAAGAAUUUUAGUUGAUUUAGAAGGAUUGGAAUGGAAUGAAGCUUGGUCAAUUGUAACUAGUGUUUUUGCUUAUACUAAUCAUACGGUUAUGUCUGAGGCUUUAGAAAAAUGGCCAGUUGAUUUAGUUGGGAAAUUAUUACCAAGACAUUUAGAAAUCAUUUAUGAAAUUAAUUUCUAUUUUUUGAAAUAUGUUGAACAAAAAUUCCCUGGAGAUCGUGCUUUGAUUCGUAGUGUUUCUUUAAUUGAUGAAAAUCCAAAAUCAGUUAGAAUGGCUUAUUUAGCCAUUGUGGGUUCUCAUAAAGUUAAUGGGGUUGCUGAAUUACAUUCGGAAUUAAUUAAAACUACCAUCUUUAAAGAUUUUGUUAAAGUGUUUGGUGAAGAUAAAUUCACUAAUGUUACUAAUGGUAUUACUCCAAGACGUUGGUUAAGACAAGCUAAUCCUAAAUUAGCCGAAUUGAUUGCUCAAAAAUUAAAUGAUCCAAAUUAUGAAUAUUUAACUAAUUUAGGUAAAUUAAAACAAUUGGAACAAUUUGUUGAUGAUGAAGCUUUUUUGAAAGAAUGGCAUGCAAUUAAAUUCCAUAAUAAACGUCGUCUUGCUACUUUGAUUAAAGAAGAAACUGGUAUUGAUGUUGAUCCAAGUGUUUUAUUUGAUGUUCAAGUUAAAAGAAUUCAUGAAUAUAAGAGACAACAAUUGAAUAUCUUUGCUGUUAUCUAUAGAUAUUUACAUAUUAAAGAAUUAUUAUCUCAAGGUCUUUCUGUUGAAGAUAUCAAGAAGAAUUAUUAUAUUCCUAAAGCAUCUAUUUUUGGUGGUAAAGCUGCUCCUGGUUAUUAUAUGGCUAAAACCAUUAUCCACUUGAUUAAUAAAGUUGGAGAAGUUAUUAAUGCCGAUAAAGAAAUUGGAAACUUAUUAAAGGUUGUAUUUGUCCCUGAUUAUAAUGUAUCAAAAGCAGAGAUCAUUUGUCCUGGGUCCGAUUUAUCCAAUCAUAUUUCCACCGCAGGAACUGAAGCUUCGGGUACUUCCAAUAUGAAAUUCGCCUUAAAUGGUGGAUUAAUUAUUGGAACUGUUGAUGGUGCCAAUGUUGAAAUUACUCGUGAAAUUGGAGAAGAAAAUAUCUUCCUUUUUGGUAAUUUAGCUGAAUCGGUGGAAGAAAUUAGACAUACUCAUGUAUUUGAAGGAGUUCAAGUUCCAGAAACUUUACAAGCUGUUUUCAAAGCCAUUGAAUCGGAAGUAUUUGGUCCUGCUGAUGAAUUUAAAUCUUUGAUUGAUAGUAUUAGAGUUCAUGGGGAUUAUUAUUUGGUGACUGAUGAUUUUGAUUUAUUUUUGGAAACUCAUAAGAAAUUAGAAAAAGUUUAUGGUAGUAAUGAAUCCGGGAGAGAACAUUUACAUAGUUGGGUUAAGAAAUCGGUUUGGAGUGUUGCUAAUAUGGGAUUCUUUUCUAGUGAUAGAUGUAUUGAUGAAUAUGCUGAAAAUAUUUGGAAUGUUGAACCUUCAAAUGCAUAA